UCUCUCUCUCUCUCCACCGACACUUUGUCGUCUGCUCCUCCGCCGGUGUGUGUGUGUGUGUGUGAGUGUGUGAGACACACUUCGACUCCGGCCGUCGCUUCGCCAUGGCGGGGGCUAUUAUUGAGAACAUGAGCACCAAAAAGUUGGUGAUAAUGGGAGUUACUCUGCUGCUGUUCCAGGCGUUCGCCUUCAUGGUCGGCGGUUUAAUUGCUCCCAGCCCCACCACAGCGGUCCACUACUUGGCCACCAAGUGUGUGGACACAGUCAAGCACCGACAGGAAACCAAAUGGUUCAUGCCUUGGGGUCCUGACCAGUGCGACAAGAUCCGGACCUUUGACGAGGCCAUGGCCAAAAAGAUUGAGGCCAACAACAUUGUCUUUGCUGUCCACAUUCCUUUGUCUAACAAGGAGAUGAGCGCCUGGUUCCAGUUCAUGCUGGUCAUCCUGCAGUUUGACAUUGCCUUUAAGAUGUACAACCAGAUAGAGGAUGGGGCGUUGGUCACCAUCGACGUGGGUCUGGCCUACAGAGAUGACACUGUCAGUGAGUGGACGGAGAUGGCUCACUCUUAUGAACAGAGGAAACUGAGCUGCAACUUUACCACUACCAAGACCUUUGAGAAUGAGGGACGUUACUAUGAGUGUGACCUGCUGCCCUUCAUGGAGGUGGGUAGUGUGGCCCACAAGUACUAUCUUCUCAACAUCCGCUUGCCUGUCAACGAGCGCAAGAAGGUCAACGUGGGGAUUGGAGAAAUCAAAGACAUUCGUCUUGUUAGCAUCCACCAGAAUGGAGGCUUCACAAAAGUCUGGUUUGCCAUGAAGACGUUCCUCACACCGAGCAUCCUCAUCAUCAUGAUCUGGUACUGGAGACGCAUCACCCUCAUGAGCAGACCUCCUGUGCUGCUGGAGAAGGUAAUCCUUGCUCUGGGCAUCUCGAUGACCUUCAUCAACAUCCCAGUGGAGUGGUUCUCUGUCGGUUUCAACUGGACCUGGAUGCUGCUUUUCGGAGACAUCAGGCAGGGGAUCUUCUACUCUAUGCUGCUGUCCUUCUGGAUCAUCUUCUGCGGGGAGCACCUCAUGGACCAGACGGAGAGGAACCGUUUCUCAGUUUACUGGAAGCAGGUUGGACCCAUCGUCUUUGGCUCCUUCUGCCUUUUUAUCUUUGACAUGUGUGAAAGAGGUGUUCAGCUGACAAACCCUUUCUACAGUAUCUGGGCAUCUGACGUAGGAACUGAACUGGCUAUGGCAUUCAUAAUUGUUGCAGGGAUUUGUGCCUGUCUCUACUUCCUCUUCCUCUGCUUCAUGGUUUUUCAAGUCUUCCGCAACAUCAGUGGCAAGAGGACGUCCCUGCCCGCCAUGUCCAGGGCCAGACGCCUGCACUAUGAGGGUCUGAUUUUCAGGUUCAAGUUCCUCAUGUUGGUCACUCUUGCCUGUGCUGCCAUGACAGUCAUCUUCUUCAUCAUCAGUCAGGUGAAUGAGGGCCACUGGCACUGGGGAGAGCACACGGUGGAGGUAAACAGCGCCUUCUUCACCGGAAUCUACGGCAUGUGGAACCUGUACGUCUUUGCGAUCAUGUUCCUCUACGCACCGUCUCACAAACGCUAUGGAGAUGAGCAGUCAAGUGGUCAGUGCAUCACCGACGGAAAUGUUAGUAGAGGCGUGGAGAGCAGGGAAGUAAUGAAAACCAUCCAUCUCCUGACGUCAGUGAAAAGGGGUAGGCUUUCCCCUGAUAUAUGUCCAGCAGUCUCACGGGGGGGGGGGGGGGGGUGCCUCUCUCCAAGUUUCAGUCUCAGUGUUGAUUUAUCAGCUCUUGAUUUUCACUUCUGUUUUUCAAAAAUGCUGAAAGUAUUUUUGAUGAUGAAAUUCAACUGCAACAUGGAUCGAAACGGAGAUGCUGGAGCGAACAGUGGAGAAGACAUCCAGCUGACCACUACCAUUACCCACGUCGAUGGUCCCACUGAGAUCUACAAGAUGACUGGCAAAGAGGCCCAGGAAUAAAUUUCAUCUCCUAUUGAGUCUCCCCUCUAUUUCCCACUGUUCCACUGAUCCCCUCCCUUACACAUAUAUUUAAUCAAAGGGGCUUUUCUCUUUACAUUGCCUGGCACUGAAACGGCAUCAACAGUCCACCUUGCAUGUACCCAGCGAUCCCAGAGUUGCAGCCCUCUCCUCUGCACCAAACCCUCGGGUGUUUAUGUGCCACCCCGUUUCCAAACUCCCUAUUGUAUCUCUACAGGAUGAAUAUUAUCAACACCCAUCAAGUCAUUGUUUUACAUUUCAUAGUUGCGUACAUGUAAACUACGUUGUAUUUGUAAAAGUUGAACAAUGCUUAUGACACAAAGUCUGGCACUAAAAAGGGGGUAAAGAAAACGGCUUCUUUGUGGUCAGAAAUGGCAUUUCGCUGCACUCCUGUUUUCAGGUAGUGUAUUGUUAAACUGAGUGGUUUUGUAAAAAACUGAGCUUCUGACCAAGACGGAAAGCGAAAGGUUUAAAACCAUUUAGCCACUUGUGUUUUUCCUGCUUCAUUACCUGUCUUCCUGCUUCAUUACCAGGGUAUUUAGAGCCUGUCACACAUGCAUACUCUUCCAUAGAAAGGAGAUGAUGUGGAGUACUGCUGUCAAUCUUAGCAUUUCAAGUGGUGGAGUUUUUCUAUAUUGUUGGGGGUACAUGUACAGACCAUAUAGCCACUUUGGGACAUGCAUACUGUUCGUUCAUCAUGUUACAAUGUAGAUAUCUAUUUUUUAUAAAGUGCUUAUUUUCAACUUCACAAAUGUAUUCAUGAAGCUCUAUCAAUGUUUUUGAAGUUGACUGUAGCCGAUUACACGUGGUUCUUAGUUUUGUUUUGCUUUCUAUGCUAAUUUAAUAAAAAAAAAAUCUUUUACUUAA